AUGGUUGGUAGACCGCAAAUCCGUUCACGAUCAAAAGUUCAUGAUAUCGAAGUCCAAGAUAUUAUGGUCGGCGAUGAAGCUCAGAAAGUUCGUCAAAUGUUAGAUAUUCGUUAUCCUGUUGAAAAUGGGAUUGUUCAGGAUUGGGAAGAUAUGAAACACAUAUACAACUAUUUAUUUUCUUCAAAAAAGAUGAACAUUGAUCCAAAAGAUUGUAAAAUAUUAUUGACCGAAGCUCCCUUGAAUCCGGUUAAAAACCGAGCAAAAAUGUUAGAAGUGAUGUUGGAACAAUUUCAGUUUUCCGAAGUUUCAUUAGCUUAUCAAGCCAUUCUUACAUUGUACGCACAAGGUAUAUUAACUGGUGUCGUAGUAGAUAUUGGAGAUGGUGUUACACACAUUUGUCCAGUUGUUGAUGGUUAUUGCUUACAAAAUUCCAUCGCACGUUUAAAUAUUGCUGGAAGAGAUAUAACACGCUAUUUGAUCAAAAUAUUGUUACUUCGAGGUUAUGUUUUUAAUCAAUCAGCUGAUUUUGACACGGUUCAACAAAUAAAAGAAAAACUUUGUUAUGUUGCACAUGAUCUGGAAAAAGAACGUCAAUUGACAUUGGAUACAACUGUACUCGUUGAAAGUUAUGUAUUACCAGACGGACGAACAGUAAAAAUGUCGGGUGAACGAUUCGAAGCACCAGAAGUUCUGUUUCGUCCUUCGCUCUUAGGAAUGGAGGUGAAGGGCAUUGCCGAAUUAGUAUUUGAGGUUAUAAAUACAGCACCAUUGGAUGUUCGAAAAAAGUUAUAUAAGCAAAUUGUGUUGAGUGGAGGAACAACAAUGUAUCCAGGAUUUGGGACAAGACUAGAACGAGAACUAGAACAAUUAUACCAUGAACGAAUACAACGAAGCGAUCCGGAAAAAUCAGCCAAAAACAUGAUUUGUAUCGAAGCUCCGCCACGACGAAAAAAUAUGGUCUUUUUGGGUGGUGCUGUUUACGCUAAUCUUGUUAAAGAUUCUCCAGUACAGUGGAUUUCACGUAAAGAUUAUUACGAACACGGGGUGGAUUCUUUUCUUAACUUGAAUAAUAUAAUGGAUAGAAACCGAUGGAUAUCGAUUGUUCUAUGUUUAACUGGUAUUAUAUUUGUUGUUAGCGGUAUUGUGUUGAUUGUUAUAGGCGAUUCAACUGUUAAAAAACUGAUGAAUAAGGAAUUACAGCUGAAAGAAGGCACACUGUUGUAUAACAAUUGGGUUUCAUCACCUGUACCAAUUUAUUUAUUCUUAUAUGUGUUUGAUUUAAAAAAUGUAGAUGAAUUUCUAAAUGGAUCGAAGCCAGUUUUGUACCAGCGUGGUCCAUUCGUAUAUCGUGAAAAUCGUACAAAAAUCAACAUCGUAUCGAAUGCAAAUCAGACGAUAUCAUAUCAGGAACCAAGAACUUACACGUUUGAUCGUUCAAGAUCAAGUGAAGAUGUUAGCACAACUACAUUUACAACAAUUAAUGUAGUUUAUAUGACAUUGUUAAAUUACAUAAGAACCAUAAAAUCGACCGUUGACCGUCGAAUUAUUGGAGAAAUAUUAUCCUCAUUUAAUGAAAAGCCGGUUAUGAAACGAACAGUUCAUGAAUAUCUUUGGGGUUACACUGAUCCUUUGCUCUCGCUAGCAAAAUCAAUGCUACCAGAUUUAGUUACCGAUGAUCAAAUUGCUGUAUUUGGACAAGCUGUAAAUAUGAUAUUAAAAUACAUGUUUAUUACGACACUUUUGAAAAAUUUUCGUUUAGAUGAGUUCUGUAGGAUACGAUGUAUGGUUAAUUAA